AUGGCCUUUGAUUCCAUUGCUAUGCGUCUGCUCGUGCGUGUUUCCCCGCGCUCUCUUCACACUGGUCCCUCUCCCCUGGUCUCCAGCAUCACCGCCGUGUUUCCGUCCCCUCUGUUUCUCUGUCUUUCUCUUAUCUCCCCCCUCUUUUUCCUCUCGAGCCCACCCGGCCGUGCUCCGGCGGUCCUCCGGCUGUAUUCGGUUAUUUCCCCGGGCAGGUCGGGGUCCCGGUGGCCGCCUGGCCGUCGUCUGGAGCGGGAGCCGCUGCUGCCUCAGCACCGCCCAUGUGACACCUGCGGCGGCAUCAGCCCCGCAUCAGCCCCGCACCCAGCGCUCCAUGCCGGCCGCUGCGAGCACCAGAGGGGGUUUGUGCAGGAGGAGCUCCAUGUCUUUUUACAUCAAACACAUCACAUUUAUGAAGUCUGCAACCGUGGCCUUAAUCAUCUGUAUUGCUCCGUGGUCCUCCGGUUCCUCCUCCGGUUCCUCCUCCGGUUCCUAUUCCGGGUUCUCCCUCUGAGCGGGUGCUCCUCUUUCUCCUGUCCGUCCCCUGGCCAUCGCGUCCAGCUGUGGCCCUCGCAGGGCGCGCUCGCUCCCCUGACGGGUCCCGGGCCUCAGGACGACAGCCAGGACGACAGCCAGCAGCAACACGGCCCCUACAUGAGGGACAAAGCCACCCAGACCCCCAGGGCCUGGGCAGAUGAGAGGAGGAGGGGCUCUCACAAGCGCUCGGCCUCCUGUGGGAGCACCGACCAGCUGAAGGAGAUCGCCAAACUGCGACAGCAGCUCCAGCGCAGCAAACGCAGCAGCCGCCAUCGGAGGGAUAAAGAGCGCAAGUCGCCCUUCAACGGGAGCCACACCAUCAUCCAGUCACAGUCUCCUCUGCCGAAGACCAUCCUGAUCCCCAUCCCCAUCUCCAAGUCCUCGGCCCCGCGUUUCCGCAACAGCGUCGAGGGCCUCAACCAGGAGAUCGAGCGCAUCACCAUCCGAGACCCCCCCGACAAGGAUGAGGCCGUCGUGCCUCAGGAGGUCCCAGACGGGCACCGGGCCCCCCCACCCUUACCCCCCCAGCGGAGCAGCAGCACCCGCAGCAUCGACACACAGACCCCGUCAGGGGGGGGUCUGAGUGGUAACCAUAGCAACUGCAGUAGCCGCCCCGACUCCAUCUCGCCCUCCUACCUCACGGUGCUCAGCGACGCGGCUGGAGGCAGUCCCUACGAGGACAAAGAGCUCAGCCCCGUCUCCCCCCUGCCCAAGUACGCCGCCUCUCCUCGGCCCAACAACAGCUACAUGUUCAAGAGGGAACCCCCGGAGGGCUGCGAGAAGGUCAAGGUGUUUGAGGAGUCCAUGCCCAAACCUCUGCAGGAGAUCCCCCCCUUCCUGUGUCCGGACCGCAACAAGGUCAACUUCAUCCCCAACAGCGGCUCCGCCUUCUGCCUCGUCAGCAUCCUCAAGCCCCUGCUCCCGGGCCCGGAGCUCGGCUACCGGCCCAGCAUGGCCCGCCAGAGCCUGUCCCCGUCGCUGGUGCCUCUGUCCACCCAGCCCUGCCUGCUGGAGGAGCCCGAGAGCUUCUGACCGCCCCCACCCCCCCAUCAAUGAAAUGAAAACUAGUGAUGCACCGAAUGUUCGGUAAACUAAAUUGUUCGGCCGAAAAUAGCAAAAAAAACACUUUCGGUGUUCGGUGGAAUAAGUGCGGGAAAAAAAACGAACAAUUAAUAACGGCGUGUUUAGAUGACGCAAUCAAACGGAGAACGCCGUGGAGUGAGGGGCGAGACAGGCAGAGGUGUCAAGUAACGAAGUACAAAUACUUUGUUACCUUACUUAAGUAGAAAUUUUGGUUAUCUAUACUUCACUGGAGUAAUUAUUUUUCAGACGACUUUUUACUUUUACUCCUUACAUUUUCACACAAUUAUCUGUACUUUUUACUCCUUACAUUUUAUAAACAGCCUCGUUACUCUAUUUCAUUUGGGCCUUUAAU